AUGACUGAUACAGAAGAGUCCCAGGCUUCUGGCUCCGAUUACCCUGAUGCCCAAGAGGUGAUACGCAGCCGGCAGAAAGAACCAUAUAAGGUACAUGCGUGUGAAACAAAUACACAAACGGAGUGUUCACGUUCAAGGCAGAAGAAUGCUGUUCCUGAGGAGUCUUCAGAUGAUCUUAACAGUAUAUUUGAAUCUUCAGCUGAGGUUUUACUGGACAGCAGCGAUUCAGAAAUUGAUCUCUGUGCUGCUAGUGGCAGCAAGCACCAUCUUAAGUGCUCCAUUGCACCUUCAAAGCAAAAAAGGAGACUUCAGUCUUCAAAACAAGCUGAAUCUGUUGCAGGAGUGCCUGACAAUGGAAGCUCUUCAGAUUCUUCUCUGUCCCCUCAAAGUCCGGUGAAAUCAUCUGAAAUUUCCAUGAAGCAGAAGUCAAAAUUCAAUUUGAAAGCCAUUUUUGCCUAUCACUUCAGGGGAAAGAAGUUUAAGGCUGCUGCACACCGAAAGUAUAAGCGUGGCUCAGGCAAGAAGAAGUAUGUGAGCACACAGAUGCCUGCAGGGAGGCCACCACUGACAGCCUCACCUCAAGAGCAAAAGAGAAGGCUUCUACACAGAGGCUUUCAAUUCCCUUUUGUUGAAAAACAUUAUGGGAAGAAACAUAUUCCCUUAAAGAUGGUUCUUGGCUAUGAGCAAGCAGCUGCAAAGGGAUACUUCCAGUACAUUGAAAUGCUUAAAUAUGAAGAACAUCUUAAAAAAGCUCUAAAAACCCUUCAGGCUAGUGAAGACUUAGAAAGAGAAUGUCUGGUGCUACGGAAACACAAAUAUUUAGAUGAUGAAGGCCCCAUUUCCCCUAUUCAGGAGACGAAUGAUGAUGAUGACAGCUUGAAUUCUGAUAAUCAAGAAGACUUUGAUGCCAGAGUAGUGGAGAACAGCUCUUUCAUUAUAAGCAGCAAAAUUCCCAGCAAGAAAAAAUCAAAGCUAGAAGUGAAACAUGUGAAAUCAGCUGAAGUGAUUGUAAUAGAGGAGGAAGACGACUGUGCUCCUGAGAACUCUGGCAUUCUGCAGGGUUCACCUCAGUGA